AUGGAUGAAACUCUCCCGGAUUACAGGGCCAUUACUGUCCCAGUCCCUAAAGUCAACGUGGCGGCUGAAGACCAAUAUAAGGCUUUACCAGUGGCAGAAAUUAGCCAUGUCGUUGUUCAGCUUUCCGACAAUAGAAUGAACUCGAUCAUGCAGUCUGUUGUGGGAGUUCCGUACGAUUUUAAUAAACCUUGGCCGUUCCGGUUUUAUAUCAGCAAAAUCGUGUCAAAGGCUUUUUUUGAUGACGAAGAACAACUUGAAUGCCUCAAUACUGUUCGCGUCCAAACAAGUGAAUUCAUUGCAUUCACUAAUAACGCGAAGCAAUCAGCUUCUUCCAAACUCGAAUCGCACACAGACAAAACAGAGCUUCGGGUAGUCGAAGUUGACUUCUCAAAACCCCAGCCAGGUGAAUAUCUGAGGUUUUUUUGGAAGCCAGCCCGAGGGAUUAUUUGUCAGAAAGUCCAAGGCUGGUUAGAUUUCUCCUCAAACGGGCUGCAGAAGGCACCUCCGCUUGUUGAGAGUACUCACAGUAUCUUGACUUCUUGUUAA